AUGCUGUACUUAACUGUUUACAGUUUUCAGGGGAAAAAUUGGACGAAAUACACGCGAUUAGUGUCUGUGAAGAGUAAAAAGGUUUUCCCUAAUGCCAAAAUAUUUGAUAUUUCCUUACAUGCCAAGCGAGUGUGGAUAACCUUCACAAGUGAAGAGGUGGGGAAACCACCUUCGACAUUUCGCCACUGUCCGGACGGCGACCAGACUUCAUCAGACUGCCCACCCGUAGAUAAGACACCCUCAGAACCAAAGCCGAACAAAAGACGAGGUUCUUUCUUUCUCUCAUUUUUCUCUACAUUUUCUUUCUUUCCUUUCUUCACUCACUCACUUCUUUCUACCAUCUCUCUCUCUCUCUUCUGUCUACUAACAAUCUCUUCUUCCAACUCCCUCUUUUCUCUCUCUCAUCCCUGUCCUUUCUGUCCACUCCUUCUCUUCUGCUUUUUCUUUUCUUCACUCACUCUCUUCUCUCAACCAUCUCUCUGUCUCUUUCUCUUCCCUCCUCUAUCACUCUCUUCUUCCCCCUCUCUCUUUUCUCUCUCCCAUCGCUCUCCUUUCUGCCCAUUCCUUCUCUUCUGCUCCUUCCUUUCUUCACUCUCUUUUCUCAACCAUCUUUUUCUUUUUCUCUCUUCCCUCUACUAUCACUCUCUUCUUCCUCCUCCCUCUCCCCUUCUUCUCCACUGCUAUUUUCUUUCUUCACACUCCCUGUCUCUUCCCUUUAUAUAUUAG